AUGGAGGAGAGUCGAGGAAAGCCACACGCCAUAAUGAUAGCGUUCCUAUACCAAGGUCAUAUUACUCCAUUCACCAAUCUAGCCAUAAAGCUUGCUUCAAAGGACUUCAUUGUCACAUUUGUUCACACUGAAUAUGUUCAUCACAUGCUAUCUCAAUCCCACCAUAAUGAUUCCAGUGCUCCAUUCGAUUUCUUUAGAGAUGCACGAAAAUCUGGUCUUGACAUGCGCUAUACCACUAUCUCUGAUGGUUUUCCUACGGAAUUUGAUCGACUUCUCAACUUGGAAGAGUUCUGGGAUUCUUUGUUGAGAGAUUUCCCAGUUCGAGUAGAUGAACUUGUUGGAAAAAUUAUCCAGUCUGAUCCAUCUUCGGUCCAUUUCUUGAUUGCUGACACAUUCUACUCAUGGCCUGCAAAAAUUGCCAAGAAGUAUAACCUGGUGAGUGUUUCAAUGUGGACAGAAACAGCAUUGGUGUUUUCUAUAGCUUAUCACUUGAAACUUCUCAAGGAAAAUGACCAUUUCCCACCAAUGGACAACAGUGAGGAUUUCGUAAAUUACAUCCCCGGAGUUCAGUCGAUCAGUACAAAGGAUUUGAUGUCAUAUUGUGUGGCAGCAAAUGAUCCAACAACAUCAAUCGUAUACAGAAUUGUCUUCAGGGCAUUUGAGGAGGUGAAAAAGGCAGAUUUCAUCUUACAUAACACAGUCCAUGAACUUGAAUCAGAAACACUGCUAGCUCUAGAUCAAAAGCAGCCAAAUUAUGCAAUUGGCCCGAUUAAUUUUUAUGAUUGCGCUAGAAGUACUACUAUGGCUGACAGCCUAUUCUCAAAAUCAGACUGCACCGAGUGGCUAGACUCGAAGCCUCCCAGAUCAGUUAUGUAUGUGUCAUUUGGUAGCUUAGUUCAGACUAGUAAGCAGAUAAUUGAAGAGAUAGCUCAUGGACUUCUCCUCAGCGAGGUAAAUUUUAUUUGGAUUGUUCGAGCAGAUGCUGUGAGCUACAGUGAUACUGUUGUUUUACCAAUGGAAUUCAUGAACGAGAUCAAAGAUAAAGGGUUGAUAAUUCCAUGGUGCAAUCAAACUGAGGUGCUUUCAAAUCCGGCUGUUGGAGGGUUCACAACACACUGUGGGUGGAAUUCUAUAUUGGAGAGCAUAUGGUCUGGUGUUCCAAUGAUUUGUUAUCCAGUUACAUAUGAUCAACCUACUAAUAGAAAAUUAGUGGUCGAUGAUUGGAAGAUUGGAAUUAAUCUUUGUGAUGGGAUAUCAGUAACAAGAGAGGAAGUUGCAUACAAGAUUAAGAACUUGAUGAGUGGAGAAACAUCGAAUGGCUUGAGGCAAGAGAUUGAGAAAAUGAGGAAGAUUUUGCAGGAUGCAUUGAAGAUAGAUGGAUCAUCAGAGAGAUAUUUUGAUCAAUUUCUCAAGGAUUUGAAGGAUAAAAUCCUUGCUUGA